AUGACCUCACCAAGCGGCCCAACGAUCGACAACUCCCUCGACGACAUCUUCGGCUCCUCACCACCGCACGAACCCUCUCGCAUCCCUGAACAUGAACCCGCACCGACCGACAAGUCCCUAUCGUCCGUCGAGCCCUCCGAACUGCCCUUCCUCCGUCGCCAACACGUCACAGCCGGCUAUCGCGACGGCAUCUCGACCUCCAAGGGCGAACACGUCCAGGAGGGCUUCGAUGCUGGGUUCCCUGUCGGUGCGCAGCUGGGUAUGCGUGCGGGGACGGUCAUCGGGAUCCUGGAGGGUGUGUUGCGGGGAUACGAGAGCCGGGCUGCUUCGGCGGUGGUGAAGAAAUUGCCGGGGAGGACUGGGGCCGGAGCUACGGCGGCAGGGACCCGGAAGAAAGGCGAGGAGGGCCAGGGUGGCAAAGAACUCGACGAGGAGGCGAGACGCGCGAGACGCGAAGAGGUUCUGAAACUGUAUCAGAGCGCCGUGAAGGCGUUGAAUGUGCAAGGCGUGUUCGGGACUCUGGAGGAAGGUGGCGAGGAUGGGGAGGGGAAACCGAGUCCGGAGACGCAGCUGGCGGGGAAGGGCGAUGGGGUUGUUUCGAAGUGGGAGAAUAGAGUUCACGUUGCGCAUUGGGAGGAGAAUAUGGAUGUUUUGCAGAUGAAGGAGGAGGAGGGCAGUGAGAGCCAGGCCCAGGCCCAGGGUCAGGAUGAGGGAGCGGAGGUGGCGGGUAGUCUGAGUUGA